AUGCAGGAACAGAAAAAUCGAACAUGCCAAGGGCUUUUGGUGUUACAGUGCAAACAGAGCCCAGGGCGACCGGACAACUGGCAAGAGACUCGGUCGGUGAACUUUCACUUUGACAGGUACAAAGGCAUAUCUCAAAUCAUUCCUGCCUGGUCACAGACUUGCGUUAUUGUCGGAUACUCUGACCAAAUCGAAAAAUGCUCCCAGUGCCGUAACUCCUUCGCCGAGUUAUUUUGCAUGCCCCAUUUUUGGUGGUCGUACUUUUACCAGAACUCAAAUGGUUGUAUUGGUUAUGAAAAGACCCAAGACUCGGGUGUCGUGACUGGAAUCAACACCUGGAGCAAAUUCACAGUCAAACAAGUGGAUCACGAUGCAAGAUUCAGAUGGUAUCACAUGAAUAUGUUCACUCGAUGGAUUCCAUCCACCAAUCAAACUGUGAUACUUGCUCUUGACCUCGAAAAACCAUGGCGAGAUCGAUUCCUGGAGGCAGUCAUGGCCCGAAAUCCCAGGUGGUUGCAAGACCCAUUCUGGGUCCAUCCGGCUUUGGUCGAACAGGUCGCUCGAGCCCAGGAGCCCUCUGUCUGGGGAAUACGAGAUCACGUUCGGGGCCUCGAAACUGAACCAAAGCCCGAAGGCAGACCGCAGCCCGAUUACAGACGCCUCCACGACAUUUCACGACAUGCAAUUCAUGUAAAUGAAACACUGGACGUUGCUGUUCAGAAUUUAGAAGAUCUUUUGGUGCAACAUGAGAGCUAUAUGGCUUCAUUACCAGAUGUCAACUCUUGUUCCGAGGAUAUUCAUCUUCGACUCCGGUCUUUUCUAUCCUUCAUCACCAACUUGCGGUUCCGGUCCAUCUCAAACGAGAAAAGACUACAGAACGAGGUGCAGUUAGCCUUCAAUACUGUAGCGCAGCAUGAUGCGAGCGUCACACUCGAGAUCGGUCGAGCUACGCAGCUGGACAGUACGACCAUGAAAACUAUUGCCUUCGUCACCCUGACCUUCCUUCCUCCUACAUUUAUCUGCGCCAUCUUUAGCAUGUCAUUCUUUGACUUUGGUGGGGAUUCUGGCUGGACCAUGUCCAGUCAAUUUUGGAUAUACUGGGUGUUUGCUAUACCGACGACCAUUUUCACUACCCUCGUUUGGACUUAUUGGCCCGAUAUUCGGCGGAAAGUCAUCUCAAAGGUGUUUUGA